AUGGCAGAAUUCUUGUUUAAUAUCGACGGCGGAUACUUGGAGGGUCUGUGCCGUGGUUUCAAGGGCAGCAUCUUGAAGAAUGCUGACUACUCGAAUCUCGUGCAAUGUGAAACACUCGACGAUUUGAAGCUUCAGCUACAUAGUACGGAUUUUGGACCAUUUCUAGCCGACGAAGCAGCCCCACUCACUCCGUCGAUAAUCGACGAAAAGCUCCGUGAAAUACUGGUUACCGAAUUCCAGUACUUACGUAACCAAGCCGUUCAACCACUUGCUGGGUUUCUCGAUUUCAUCACGUACGGUUACAUGAUCGAUAACAUUAUGCUGCUCAUUACAGGGACGCUACACCAACGCCCUGUCGUUGAAUUGAUUUCAAAGUGCCACCCGCUUGGUCGGUUCGAACAAAUGGAGGCCGUACACUUGGCUGUUUCACCGUCAGAUCUGUUCAAUGCGAUCCUGAUCGAUACACCGCUGGCACCGUUCUUCACCGAAUGCAUCUCUGAACAAGAUAUGAACGACCUUAACAUCGAAAUUCUUCGAAAUUCUAUCUACAAGUCGUAUCUGGAAGCAUUCUAUGAUUACUGCAAGCGCUUAGGUGGUACUACUGCUGACGUUAUGUGUGAGUUGCUUGCAUUUGAAGCGGAUCGACGAGCGAUAAUUAUUACCAUCAAUGCAUUCGACACCGCACUUUCGAAAGAGGUCUGCGCAAACUUGUACCCAUGUUGUGGUCGUUUGUUUCCAGAUGGGUUGGUAGCUUUAGAGCAUGCUUCGGAUUACAAUCAGGUGCGAUUCGUAGCCUCACAUCAUCCUGAAUAUGCGGCUAUAUUCGACGAGUCCACAAAUUCCAGCGAACGUUCGCUGGAGAACAGAUUUUAUAUGUAUGAAGCAAAGCUGAAUGUGUAUAGUUUUAUGCGACAGUUUCACUUCGGUGUGUUUUAUUCCUAUGUAAAACUGAGAGAGCAGGAGUUCCGUAACAUCGUCUGGAUCGCCGAAUGCAUUACACAGAAGCAUCGAAUGAAGAUCGACAAUUUUGUUUCAAUUUUUUAA